GGGAAAGAAAAGAAAGAAAUUGUGUUAAAAUGUUUCGCCGACUUUUUUUGGGCUUUGAAUUUUACUCUGUCUUUAUAGAUGAAACAGGGAUUCGACCGACUUGGUCAAAAAAUCAAAGGUCUGAGCGAGCGGCUUACGGACAUUGAGGACCGUAUAGUCCAAAUGGAUCAGCGGCUCACGGUGGAGACUGAUGGGGCAGGGGCAGAAGGUGCAGCAAGAGUGCAGAGGAGAGGAAAGACUCCGACCGCAAUUAAGACUGCUGUACACGCAUGCUACAAUGCUGAGGGAAAUGAACUGCAGUACAAUGUCAAUGAAACUUUCAAGAGUCUCUACAAUGAAAAAGUGUCGGCUCACAUAUCGGCCGUAGUCCGCCAAGCCCAAAAUGAGGCCCCAUUGGAUACGAUCAGAGUGUCGGCCCAGCGCUUGUUCACCAGCCGGAAAAGGGCGGCGAAGGAGAGGGAAAUGUCAGAGAAAGCGGCUGCCACCAACAAGAUGUUAAAGACUGUCAGAUCGAGGAAGAAGCGGCUUUUCCAGUCGAGGAGCCGACACCUACGAGGGGCGGAGGAGAAAGAUCUAUGGGAUAAGGUGAAGGAGCGGGACAUGUCCGCUGAGGAGGACGCCGAGGAUGGAGGAGAGAAAGUCCUGCGGCGGAUUUCCAACGCAAGAAAGAGAAAGCCAGAGGUGAACGAACUAGUCGCACUAUUGGACUCACGAAUGGAUGCCUAUACUGAGUGGAACAGUGCCCCGAAACUGCGACGGAUUUGA